CUUUCCAGAGUUAGUGUCUCAGCUUUUUCUCUCGGUGUGGAGCUCCAGCUGAAGGACCCAUCAGAGACCAAACCCUGCUGAACCUGAACCUGAACCUGAACCUGAACCUGAACCCAGCUGUGGGUCCAUGAAGAGUCACCGGUCCAUGGAGCCACCACUACUUUAAGAAAAGACCUGUAAGGGAGAGGAGAAUAGAAAUGGAGGAGAGGCUACUUGAAAUGGAGGAGAGAGGAUUGAUGGAGAGACUUGAAUGGCAGAAGGAGAGAAUAACAAUGGAAAGGGAAAUUGAAAUGUUAAGAAGAAGAUUGAGGACCCAAAAGAGACCAGAGUCCCCUGAUGCUGAACCUGAACCUGAACCUGAACCUGAACCCAGCUGUGUGUCCUUUAAGAGUGACCGGUCACAUCAACGCUAUAUUAAUUUUAAGAGUCAGCAAUCCUCUGCUGAAAAGAGGAUCCAUCAAAGACCAGACUCUGCUGGACCUGAACCCAGCUGUGUGUCCUUCAAGAGUGACCGGUCAAAUCAUCGCUUUAUUGACUUUAAAGGUCAACAACCUUCUGCUGAAAAGAGAGUAGACCAGGAGAGCUCAGAGGUUCCCAGUGAUCAGUCUGCCCAGCAGCAUCAAACACACCUGGACUCCAUAUUUAUGCUGCUGGAGGAGAACAUCGGCACUUUUGUGAAGAACGAGCUGAAGAAGAUCCAGAAGGUUCUGAAUCCAGAUUACACAGAAUGCUUAGAGAGUCAGAGGGAGGAUGAGGAUGAAGAGCAGAGGAGCAGCAGAGAGGCAUUUCUGAAGAUUACACUGCACUUCCUGAGGAGAAUGAAGCAGGAGGAGCUGGCUGACCGUCUGCAGAGCAGAAGUUUUGCUGGAGUUUGUAAACGUAAACUCAAAUCUAACAUAAACAAGAAGUACCAGUGUGUGUUUGAGGGGAUUGCUAAAGCAGGAAACCCAACCCAUCUGAAUCAGAUGUUCACAGAGAUCUACAUCAUGGAGGGAGGGACUGCAGAGGUCAAUAAUGAACAUGAGGUCAGGCAGAUUGAAACAGCGUCCAGAAAACCAGACAGACCAGAAACAACAAUCAGACGAGAAGACAUCUUUAAAGCCCCACAUGGAAGAGAUAAACCAAUCAGAACAGUGAUGACUAAGGGAGUGGCUGGAAUCGGGAAAACAGUCUUAACACAGAAGUUCACUCUGGACUGGGCUGAAGGCAAAGUUAACCAGGACAUCCAGUUCAUAUUUCCAUUCACUUUCAGAGAGCUGAACGUGCUGAAAGAAAAAAGGUACAGCUUGUUGGAACUUGUUGAUCACUUCUUUAGUGAAACCAAAGAAGCCGGAAUCUGCAGGUUUGAAGAGUUCCAGGUUGUGUUCAUUUUUGAUGGUCUGGAUGAGUGUCGACUUCCUUUGGACUUCCACAACACUGAGGUCCUGACUGAUGUUACAGAGUCCACCUCAGUGGGUAUGCUGCUGACAAACCUCAUCAGGGGGAAACUGCUUCCAUCUGCUCGACUCUGGAUCACCACACGACCUGCUGCAGCCAAUCAGAUCCCUCCUGAGUGUGUUCACAUGGUGACAGAAGUCAGAGGGUUCACUGACCCACAGAAGGAGGAGUACUUCAGGAAGCGAUUCAGAAAGAAGAAGCAGGAAAGCAGAAUCAUCUCCCACAUCAAGACAUCACGAAGCCUCCACAUCAUGUGCCACAUCCCAGUCUUUUGCUGGAUCACAGCUACAGUUCUGGAGGACAUGUUGAAGACCAGAGAGGUACGAGAGCUGCCUAACACCCUGACUGAGAUGUACAUCAACUUCUUGGUGGUUCAGUCCAAAGUGAAGAACAUCAAGUAUGAUGGAAAAUCUGAGACAGAUCAACACUGGAGUCCAGAGAGCAGAGAGAUGAUCACGUCUCUGGGAAAACUGGCAUUUGAGCAGCUAAAGAAAGGCAACAUGAUCUUCUAUGAAUCAGACCUGACAGAGUGCGGCAUCGAUAUCAGAUCAGCCUCAGUUUAUUCAGGAGUGUUCACACAGAUCUUUAAAGAGGAGAGUGGACUGUACCAGGACAAGGUGUUCUGCUUCGUCCACCUGAGUGUUCAGGAGUUCCUGGCUGCUCUUCAUGUUCAUCUGACAUUCAUCAACUCUGGAGUCAACCUGCUGUCAGAAGAACAAUCAACAUCCCGGCGGCCUAAUCCCUUCAGAGUCAAACCUAAAGUUAAAAGUCUUCAUCAGAGUGCGGUGGACAAGGCCUUAGAGAGUGCAAAUGGACAUCUGGACUUGUUCCUCCGCUUCCUCCUGGGUCUUUCACUGCAGACCAAUCAGAAUCUCCUACGAGGCCUGAUGACACAGACCGGAAGUAGCUCACAGACCAAUCAGGAAACAGUGGAGUACAUGAAGACAAAGAUCAGUGAUGAUCUGUCUUCAGAGAGAAGCAUCAAUCUCUUCCACUGUCUGAAUGAACUGAAUGAUCAUUCUCUAGUGGAGGAGAUCCAACGGUUCCUGAGUUCAGGAUGUCUCUCCACAGAUAAAUUGUCUCCUGCUCAGUGGUCAGCUCUGGUCUUCAUCUUACUGUCAUCUGAAAAAGAUCUGGAUGUGUUUGACCUGAAGAAGUACUCUGCUUCAGAGAAGGCUCUUCUGAGGCUGCUGCCAGUGGUCAAAGCCUCCAACAAAGCUCUACUGAGUGGCUGUAACCUGUCAGAGAGAAGCUGUGAAACUCUGUCAUCAGUUCUCAGCUCCCAGUCCUGUAGUCUGAGAGAGCUGGACCUGAGUAACAACAACCUGCAGGAUUCAGGAGGAAAGCUUAUCUCUGAUGGACUGAAGAGUCCACACUGCAGACUGGAGACUCUCAGUCUGUCAGGCUGUCUGAUCACAGAGGAAGGCAGUUCUUCUCUGGCCUCAGCUCUGAGCUCCAACCACUCCUAUCUGAGAGUGCUCGACCUGAGCUACAAUCAUCCAGGAGACUCAGGAGUGAAGCUACUGUCAGCGGGACUGGAGGAUCCUCUCUGGAGACUGGACACUCUCAGGGUAGAGCCUGCUGGAGUCAGAUGGUUGACACCAGGUCUGAGGAAGUAUUCCUGUGAACUCGCACUGGACACAAACACAGUGAACAGAAAACUCAAACUGUCUGACAACAACAGGAAGGUGACAUUAGUGGAGGAGGAUCAGUCAUAUCCUGAUCAUUCAGAGAGGUUUGACCACUGGUAUCAGCUGUUGUGUAGAGAUGGUCUGACUGGUCGCUGUUACUGGGAGGUCGAGAGGAGAGGAGAGGUUUCUAUAUCAGUGAGUUACAGAGGAAUCAGGAGGAGAGGAAUCAGUGAAGACUGUGUGUUUGGAUGUAAUGAUCAGUCCUGGAGUCUGUUCUGCUCUGGUGAUCAUUACUCUGUCUGGCACAAUAACAGAGGAACAUCCAUCUCCUCCUCCUCUGUCUCUGGUAGAGUAGCAGACAUCUCCUCCUCCUCUGUCUCUGGUAGAGUAGCAGUGUAUGUGGACUGUCCUGCUGGCUCUCUGUCCUUCUACACAGUCUCCUCUGACUCACUGAUCCACCUCCACACCUUCAACACCACAUUCACUCAGCCUCUCUAUCCUGGGUUUGGGAUCUUGUCUGAUUCCUCAGUGUCUCUGUGUCCUGUGUAGGACGGAGAGUUUCCUCCUGUUUCUCACUGCUGAUCAGUUGAGUCUGUACAGGAUCACACUUACAGAAAUAUUUCAGCUUAUUGUUAUGAACUAAUGAAUGAACAUUGUAUAAAAUAAUUCAGAAUGAUUGAACAGAUUCCUUGUGAACAUUGUAAACUCGUUCAACUUCCAGUCCUUUAAAGAUGGAAGCUGUGAUCAUGAAAUUGUAGAAAUGCGUUUUGUUUUCUUUUUGACGUUUUUGUUGCUAUUUUGUGUCUAAGCAUCAUGGGAGUUGUAGUUGAUCCUGAGCUGGUUGUGUUGGAUGAUAAAAUAACUCAAACUCC